AUGCCGGCCGUGUGGGCUUCGGAAGAGGAAGCUGGUGUGCACUGCCAGGAGCUGUCCAAGGACACCAAGAGCCAAGCUCCCUUCCCUGUCUACCCCUCAGUUGGCUACCAGAUCCUCAACGCAGACCACCUGCUGUUGAGGGACUACAGCCAGGAGCUGCUGGGGAACUCCAGCCUGCAAGCCCAGAGGCAGGCCUUCCUCAUUACCAACUCCGGGGCGGGCCGCCUGCAGCCGGCCGUCAAUGUCACCUUCGGCUCCCUGUCUGUGGAGAGACCCAUCGGCCCAGAGCUGCUCCUUGGCAGUCGCAGGAUCCUCCCUGUCAUCCUGGCACGCCAGGUCCUCUCCUCUGCCCCCAUUAUCAGGAUCCUCUUUCACAUGCCCAGUAUGGCCAAUGGAGGUGACGCUGGAGGGGGCAGGGCUGGGGAGGGGGUGGAGGUGGGUAGUGGUGGGAGGAAGGGAACGGAAGAGGGGGCCCACUGUGUGACGGCGUAUGCCUUCUGUGAGACGCAGGAGGUACGGGGGGCAUGCCUGCUGUCCCCAGGGGGUUUCUGUGUUGCCCAGUUGAAGCCCGACCCGGCCUGGUUCAGCCCCACCAGCCGCUCCUCCAGCUCCGACAGCAGGGAUAGACAGGGAGAGGUGCAGGGUAUUCCCGUGGAGAUCUACUUCCAGAGCCGACAGGACUGGACAGGCCAGUGUGUUCCCCAGGACAGCCUGCAGCAUGUGGGGGUGGGGAGGGGUGGCCCAGUGGGGUCUGGUAUACCCAUGAGGAGGGUAGGGAGUGUCAACAUCCUAAAGGCACCACCUGGAAGCCCUACGUUCCUGCGUCUGAGGUUAGGGGGAGCCGUGGUGGUCCAGACCUCAUCCAAACCACUGAGGACCACCGACAAGGCCACCUUCUAUGUGUUCCUGUCCAGUGUGUCUGCUGUGGAGAGCUUCACUCUGAGCUUGAAGGUGGACAACAUAGUGGAAUCUUACUUGGUGACAUUAACUGACCUGUGUGUGUCUAUGUGUUCCAGAGCCACAGUGAGGAAGGGCAUGUCGUUCAGUACAGCGAGGCCCAGUGACUCAGCCUUAUGGGACAUCGCCCUGGAGCCUGGCAGAAGGGGCGCAAAUACCAUCUCUGUCGUGUGUCAGAGGAAGACCACCAAUCCCGGGAAAAGGGGUCUGUUGGAGGUCUUGCAGCUUGACUUUGAGACCAAGGAGUUGACUGAGCAACAAUUGGAGAGCCAGAUGAUCACAUGGCAUUUGGAAACAGGACAUAUUAAGGAUGUUGGCAUCAUGAAGAUCUAUACCACCCAGAGAGACUACGUAGGCCUGACACCACUGGUCAUGGACAGUGAUGUGAUGAACACAGCUGUUCUGACUGGUAAGAAAGUGUCUGCCCCAGUCAGGACUCUGGCUGUGGAGGCUGACGGCACUGUCACCGAUGUCACCAACUAUACCAACUGUAGGUCCACUGACGAGAACGUGCUGAAGGUGUCGGAUCGUUGUGACUAUGUGUUUGUUAAUGGGAAGGAGACGAGGGGGAGGAUGAGGAUGGUGCUCAACUUCACCUACAGCUACCUGAGUGCCCAACUGGAGAUGAGUGUGUGGAUGCCCCGCCUCCCCCUGCUUAUCGACAUAGCCAACCCCGAACUCAGCCAGAUCAAGGGCUGGAGAGUCCCCGUGGCCGCCGGCACCAAGCGGACCAGCUGGGACAGUGAGAAAGAGGAGGAGAUAAGGAAGAGCAGAGGCUGCAUGCUACAGUACCAACACACCGUGGUCAGGGUGCUCACACCCUUUGUGGCCGAGCCGUCGGACCCAUCUCCAGACCCCAUGGUAGGGGGAUUGGGGGGGUCUCUGGAGACUUUCCUGGGGCCAGACUGGCAGGUGGAUGUCACCAGGCUGGUGCGCUACUCUCUCAGGGUGGGAGACCAAUCUAUAGCCAGACUACAUGCUGGGACAGUACUGCAGGGACGCGCUGCAGGGACCACCACUCUACAGGUGAUGUCUCCUCUGUCUGACUCGAUCCUGGCUGAGCGGAUGGUCAGGGUUCUGGAAGACAAAGUGAGUGUGACAGAGCUGGGAGUGCAGCUGGUCUCUGGCCUCUCUCUGUCCCUCCAGCUCAGCCCAUGGAGAAACAUGGCCAUCAUUGCCACGGCUACAAUACAGGAAGUCAUGCAGAGACCCAAACAGGAGGCAAUGGUCAGCUGCUGGAUCCAGUUCAGUGACGGCUCAGUGACCCCUCUGGACCUCUUUGACCGCAGCGUCUACUCCCUGACUGUGACCUCCGGGGACAAGAGUGUGGCGACCGUGCGCCGGACCCCCCAGUCAGCAUUUGUGGUGGCGGAGGGUGAGGGUCAGGGGGCGCUGGUGAAAGCUGAGCUGAGGAUCUGUGAGGAGUGCCAGAAGUCUAAGAGGAAGAGCAAGCUGGUGGUGGGCAAUGGGCUUCUUAGGGUCACUUUCCAGAAAGGCAGCAGGAUGGACGGAGGGGUCACUGGCGGUGCUACUGGCUAUGGCAGUGAAGGUUCAGAGUCAGAGGUAGAGCCUGAGCCAGUCGUGACAUCACCACGGGAACUCACACCAGUUGUGACCUCACCACGGGCUCUGAUCGAGGGGGACGGAGACAGACGCUCGUUCAGGAGCACCGUGCCAGACUGCCAGGACAGCACUGUAACUGAUGUCACCACGUCAACAGCCAGGGAGAGAGGUGGCAUUUCUACCAUCAGAGAGGGCAUCAGCAGCACCACCACCAACACUGACAGUAGUACCACCACCAGGGGAAAACCUGGCACGGACAAACCUCAGGUGUCUGGCAGACCUGGCAGGGACAGAAGCCUGGGCAGAGGACAGGAGCUGAGGAGAGACUGGCGGAACGUGGUGGAAAACCCCAACCAGAAGAAAGAGAUGCCCAAAGCAGAGGCACCACCCCAGAAAGAGCAGCCCAAGCCACCCCAGAUGGUGGAGAGUGACCUGGUGAAGACGUUCAAAGCCAUGUCAGACCUGGAGAUUGGCAUCUUUGCGCUGGUGGGAGUCUCUGUCCUUGCUAUCCUGGCCUUCCUGCUCAACUGCGCCUCCUAUAAUCUCUGCUUCCGGGUCAACAAGACCCCCGUCCAGGGCAACCCAGACCCCAACGGCCCCAAGGAGCACAGGCACGACUGGGUGUGGCUGGGGACCAGCACAGGGCCAGCGCCGGACAACCCACCCCAGGUCUCCACCAUCAAACGGGAGAACCACGGCUCUAUUGAGUCCCACUGCAGCCUGCAGAGACAAUGCUCCACAGAUAGCCACAGGGCUCUAGAGAGCAGCCUGAGUAUGAGUGCUAUCUCAGAGAGGACUGCCACCUUGGGUAGGAGGAGCAGCUCCCAGCAGGUUCCCACCCUGGACCCCAUGGCUCAGGGUUCAGCCACCCUCCUAGCCAAGCCAACCCACAGCGAUCCACUCCACUCCCCCACCAGCAAGAGGAAUCAGGUCCAGUUCACCACCUUCACCACACUGGACGUUAAGCACUUGGCUGCCCUGAAGAGGAACGGAGUGGACUUUAACUGGGCUGGUCAGGCUGGGGGAGCUGGGGAGCCUAAGGGCCCUCUACCUGACAUGCUAUGGCCUGUAGUCACACCCCUGGGCCAACCACAGUGAUACUCCACAUGGGUUGUGCGUGUGUGUGUGUGUGU